AUGGAUCAGAGAAGAAAUUUAUUCAUUGCACUCUUAUUAAAAGGUCUUCAAUACAGCACUGCAAAAUAUCACAGUGAAAUCCCUAAGACUCUUUGGGCAAUCCAAGGGUCCUGUGUGGUUAUCCCCUGCACUUAUAACUAUUCAGAUCCUAAAAUAUCAAGUGAAAACAUUAGAGGAAUAUGGUAUAACACCAUUAACGAAAAUACAAAAGAUGAAGUAUUUAUUAAAAGUAAAGUUCCCAAAAAUCACACGAUUUUUGUAGGAGACUUGGGCGAUGGUAACUGCUCCAUAAAAAUCCACAAUGUCCGGCCUGAAAACUCAAAGAUCUACAAGUUCCGGGUGGAAAUGGAUCAUUUUAAGUUUUCAUACAACGCUAUUGUCCGGUUGACCAUUUUAGAUGACCCUCCAAGUCCCAUAUUGGUUUUUCCCAAUGAUACAAUCCCAGAGGCUACAAAUGUUACUCUAAAAUGUUCCACAACCUACACAUGUUCUUCAGAUGUUGCGGAUCUGGUCUGGUCUUCUCCUGAAGGACAUGUUAUCGUUACACGUACCUAUCAGGGUGAAGGAGUGUGGAAAGUAGAAUCUAAGCUACUGUUUCAGGCAUCCAGAGAUCACGAUGGGGUGAAUGUCAGCUGCCACGCGAGCCACCAUUCAGGAGCCAAGUCACCAGCUGUGCAAAGGAACCUAAGGAUCAGCUGUAAGAUUACACUUGAUUGGACAAAACCUAUCCUGAGUGUUGGAGGAAUUCUCGCCUUCCUGAUACCGUGUGUUAUCGGUGCGGCCUACAUGAUCAGGAAGUGCAGAUUACAGAAAAAGAAAAUAUCAACACCGAACUCUUACAUAGCGGGGGGCCCCAUAUGGGUCAUUACCACGGAUGGGAUGAUGAAUACUCAUGAUCCUGAAAACAUUUACGCGAAUUCAGAAUUUCAGAACGAAAGGGAUAAUGGAGAUUUUACGGUUUACGCCAAUGUAGGAGAACUAAAAAGAAAGUAAGAGAAAGAAGAAAAAGAAAGCCAUACCAACUACUGAGCUCAUACCUUGAACCUUUCGGUGGCCUAGUACACAGACAACUAUUGUCCCUAUAAGGAGGAUGAA